AUGAUUAUUCGAAAGCUUGUUAUCUUAUUUGUGUGUUUUGCACUUGUUGAUUCCAGUCCGAUUGGAGAAAAGCUGAGGCGAUACGAUUUACGUCAACGACGUAGUCUUGACAUUCGAAAUUGGACAUUUGUUGAUUCAUUAUAUAAGCGUUUUUAUAAAGGAGAAUCUCAUCAAAAUAAUGAAACAGAAUUUCGUCCUGUCGAAGGACCGAUUAAUAUCGAACAAUUACCUGCCAUGUUGGCUGCAAGACAUGUUAAGCGUUAUCCGUUUUCCCACGAAGCUGAUCCGGAUAUCAUUGGCCGAUGA